AUGGUACGAGUGAAAAGUAGAUAUUUAUUGAUUCAUGCAGUACCUUCAGGAAUUGGUGAACCAAUUGAUAUUGCAAAAGGAGAGUUUCAAACUCUAAUCGUUGCUGGUGUUAGACAGUUAUAUGGCAUUUUUGGUGCAGGUUGUUGUUUGAAAACUGGAAUAAUUUAUACAAACUGGUUAAAGACGGGAAUAGUUAUAAUAAAGUGUAGAUUUGAACGACUUAAUAUGAUUAAAACAACAAUGAAAUAUUUUGGUUCAGAACGUUUACCAUUUCCAUUUAAAAUGAAUGUUGUUCAUGUUAGUGGAACAAUUCGCUCAUGUAAACGUGAAGCAAUCAAAUACGAUAGUAGAGCAACCUUUUAA